AGGCCAUUCCGUAUUCCAGGAAUGGUGAUGAACUGUGAUAAAUAUUAUGAUAGUGAUAUAUUUAUUAUAAUUUCAAUUUUGAAUUACAUUCUGUAUUUGCUAUUUCUGUUGGGUACAUAUUUUACGAACAUAUCUAUUUUUAGCUAAGAUGUGAAUGCACUUUCCUCGUUUUUACGUAUUUUACAGAACUGCUGUCCGGAAACUUUUAGGUUUUCUUUCAAAAUCACUGUCCAAAUAUUUUUAUCAAGCUUUUGAGGGAGGAGACUCCCAAUUUCAGGAUUGGCCCAAGUUAUAGACCUCCCAAGAGUGAUAAACGUGAUAUAACAGAUAGCUGUUCCAAAAGAAUGUUCUACCUGGAUAGCUGGAUUAAUGUUUAUGGAUAAAGGUUGAACAGGAACAAUAGAAACAUGUUAAGAAUGAUUGAAAGUCCCGACUUAUAGUAUGCUGCAAUACAAGAAAACAUCAAACAUCAACAUUUUUACAGGAUGAAUCUGUGGAUGAUAGUAGUAUGGUCUACUAUCAAUAUAUUGAUGAAGAUUUACGAAAUACUUAUAGCCAGGUUCCAAGCAAAAUCUUCUAUAAGUGUUCACGAUUUUCAUACAACUUUUGAAGAAAUUCAGGGACAUAAUUGGAAAACUAACACUCUGAGGCCAAAAGUUAUACUUCUUCACACUCUUGAAGAUGAUUACGGCCUGGUACAUGCAGAAUGAACAUCAAUUAAAUUGAUAAUUGAAAUAAUGAAGAGGUUAAUAACUGUGGCAUACUGGCGGAUUAUAGUUUGUCGAUUGUACAAAUGAACCCACAUUUGUGAAACGACUUGGUUUCUUCACCUGAUACAAUUAAUCUUAGCAGUGUAACAUGGAGACACAUCUGUGCAUUUUAUAAGAAAAUGAAGGACCACAGCAAUGGAGCACAUAAACACCAAAAAGGGGAGCCCGUAGAAGUUAGAUAUUUAAUGAAAUAUUGAACUGUAAUAGGAAUUCAAAACAUCAAGUAAAUACAGCCGAAAGAGGUUUUUUUGGUAGAGUUUUCCUCAGAUAUCGGCUUGCUUUCACUUUAACGUUAACGACUGUCCAACUCUCCCACCCGUCGAAUUGGCAGGUGUUUGAUAGGAUAGCUCAUCAAAUAAUAUGGAAAAAAUCGUUCUUGAUCUGAUUGUUCGUAUUCUAAAAUUGUCCACUUUAAAUACGACACCACUGAAUCUGUCUGAACUCUCGGUCCAAGACGAUUUUCUUUCGUUGCUUGGGUUUCGAGGUAAUAGAUCUCGUAAGUUUUCUGUUCUUUAGCGCUUAAAUUCUCAAUUUCCUUCUGGUGGCUAUUUAGAUUCCUGGUGACAUAAUUAUGACUUCAUUAUGGAUCAAUUUAGCAUCUCCCAACAUCUUAUUAAUAUUUUGUUCUAAUGAAACUACCUCAGUCUCUCGAUCUUAUACAACGUAUCUAAUUCAUAUCUCUAGUUCUUCUUCCAUAUUCGACGAGCUAAUCCUUUGAAUUGAAGUUUGAAUUUUUAAUUAAUCAUAACAAAAUCAGUUCAAUUUCAUCCUUGAUAGUUACUCAUUUGGCUGACAGAGUAACUCAACUAAACAUCCCAGUGUUUUCUUUUCUCGAGUAAUCUUUUUAUGUUGAGAGUUAAUAAACGGGUGAUCUUCAA